GGAAGUACAUUCAAACAUUCGAUUUAUUAUGUUGAGUGCGUUAUUUAUGCUAACAUUUCAUUGCCAGUAUACGUGGGAAAGUAAUGGAGGAAGUAAAGAAAAAAGUGUUGAUUUCCACAAAUGAUGUGCCCCAAAUUGGGAUUGAUCUCCUGCGAGCUGAAUACAACACCACCGUAAAUGACGUAAAUACGAAAGCGUCGCUCGUUGAUAAAGUCCCAGGUGUAAGCGCCCUCUUUUGGUCGACCAAAGUGAAAUUGGACGUAGACAUCCUUAAUGCAGCAGGACCCCAGUUGGAAGUGGUCGCGGCAAUGUCCGCCGGAUUGGAUAACAUCGACGUGGAGGAACUGAAGCGGAGGAAUAUUAAGUUGAGUAAUACUCCUGGCGUGUUAAAUGCGGCCGUUGCCGAUAUCGCAGUUCUAUUGGCCUUAGCGGCGUCGAGAAGACUACGCGAAGGGCAAAUGCACAUUCAAAAUAACACCUGGGCUCCAAACCUCCGAUGGAUGCUAGGAAAAGACUUGAAAGGAUCCACCGUUGGAAUCGUUGGACUAGGCGAGAUUGGAAAGGCCAUAGUUAAACGUCUCAAAGCUUUCGAAGUUCAUAAAUUCGUAUACUGCGGUCGAGCAGAAAAACCGGAAGGAAAAGAGCUGGGCGCGGAGUUUGUAACGUUCGAUGACCUCCUGAGUCGAAGCGACUUUGUAAUCGCAUCUUGCCCACUGAUGCCCGAAACAAAAGAAAUGUUCGACGAAACAGCCUUCAAGAAAAUGAAGAGUACGUCGAUCUUUGUGAACAUCGGAAGAGGAGGGCUUGUCGAUCAAGCUGCCUUGGUGAAGGCGUUGAAAGAGAAUACAAUAUUUGCGGCCGGGCUCGACGUGAUGGUACCCGAACCACUACCCAGCGAUCACGAGCUCGUUCAAUUACCAAAUUGCUUCUUGUCGCCCCAUCUGGGAAGUGCCACUCAGCAGACACGUUCCGACAUGGCAAGAUUAGCGGCGCAGAAUGUUAUUGCGGCGUUGAGCGGGGAGAAAUUAAUAACCCCAGUGUAUUAGUGUUAUUACCAUUUUGCAGUAUUCAUUAAAAGUUUACCAAAUUAGCCAA